AUGGCGCGUCCGGAACCACAGCAGGGGCAGGUGGCGGCACUGGAGGAGCCCACUGCCCCCACGGUAUCGGCACCUCGCGCCCACCAACGAAGAGGCGAGGGAAUGCGCCCGCGGACGGACCAGCCUGGGGAAGGGGGGGGUUACGGGGAGAAGGACACGGAGGGAGGGGUGACACGGGGGGUGAAGGCUGCGGUCGCAGCAAGGGGGGCUGAAACCAAUGGCGCGGAGGCGGAUGUGAGGCCGGAGGCGGCGGUGGUCGCGGCGCCUGGGGCGGCGGCUGGCGAGGAGACGCCUGACGGCGCUGCUGCGACUGAGACGACGGCGGGGCAGACUGCAUCACGGAUUGCAGAGGAGCGGGUGCCGGUGUCGGAACAGGGGCUGCCCGUGGAGGUGGGGCUGGCGGCAUCCCCCGUCCCGGUGGCCGCGGCUGAGAUCGCGGCGGUUGUGACUGCUGCGGUGCGGGGACAGGAGGGUGAAACGGACGAGGCAGAUGCGACGGCGGCCGCCGUGCCCGCCGGAACGUCUGCUGCUGUCGAGGGCGCAUGCACGCGGGGGCGCGGCCAGGCGGCGGAUGAAAGACAGCGCCGCGAGAAGAGCAUCGCUUCUCCCCCCGCUGCUCCCGCUGCCCGCGGGAAGAAGGGGAAGUGGCCUCGUGCCCAGCCAGCAGCGAGGCGGCCCGAAGCAGGGCUGGGACCUGGUUCCCCGGGACCCCUCCUGGGCUGGCUGCUGCCAGAGCAGUCGCCACAAGAGCUAACGCGUCCGUCGUCAUCGCAGGUCGGGCCGUCCCAGCAGAUCGCCGCCGAGGAUAUUCUUCCCGCCGGCGGACAAAUACCCGCUGACCGGGGGGCAGUGCAGGAACCAGAGAUGGCGCCACCCGUGGAGCCGGGCUCGGGCAACCGCGCCCCGCCAGCAGCGACAGAGGUGGCGGCGGCAGCUGGUGAGAUCGUGCCCCCGCAACUGGGAACCAGGCGCUCGGCGAGGCUGGGGGCGAUCACCUGGGGCCCGCCACGUGGCGGAUGA